UGCAGUUAAUCAUUGAUGAACUUGGGUACAGCAGGAGGCAAAGGUCUCUGGUGGUGUCAGGGUGCAGGCAGAGCGCAGCCUGCGUGCAGCAUCCCCAGCGAGGCACCGCAGGUGGGCGCUGGGGGCUGGGGGAGCGCCCGGGACGUGCCCCAGGUUCUGUGCCGUGCACUGCGGGCUCCAGGCAGGAUGGCACAGCCCUCGCUGCUGCUGCUCCCGUUCCUCCUGGCAGCAGCUUCAGGCAACGCGCCCCCCAUCUUCGACACGAGCAUCGAGUACGUGCCCGAGGACCUGCUGAUAGGCGAAGUCGCUUUCGUGCUGAAGGCCACUGACUUGGAUGGGGACACGCUCAGCUACUCCAUCAGCGGUGCGGAUGCCUUCUACUUCAACGUUAACCAAAGCACGGGGGUCGUGACCCUGAGGAACCUCUUGGACCGGGAGUCCCAGGCCAGGCUCACCCUCACCGUCACCGUGUCCGACGGCAUCAACGACGCGACCUCCAGGAAGCUGACGGUCAUUGUGGAGGACCGCAACGACAACGCCCCGGUCUUCAAGGGCCUGCCCUAUGAAACCUCCGUCCCCGAGAACAUGAUGGCGGGCAGCAUCAUCUACACCAUCUCUGCCACCGACGCCGACACGGGGAACGCUGCCAAGGUCAGCUACAGCAUCCUGGAGGUGAUCCCGGACAACGCGAAGAAUUUCUGGCUCUUCUACAUCCUGCCCAACGGCAGCGUGGUGCUCAACGGCUCGCUGGACUACGCCACCAACACCUUCUACCAGCUGAAGAUCCUCGCCCAGGACGGUGGGGGGCCGCUGUACGGGGUGACAGUGUUCCAGAACAGCACCACCUACUUCUCCAUCACCGUCAUCGACCUGCCCAACCUGAACCCGCGCUUCCUCAACGAGCCCUACUCCGGCUCCGUGUCCGAGAACAGCCCGCUGGGCGUCUCCGUGCUGACCGUCACCGCCACCGACAGGGACACGGGUGUGAAUGAUGAGAUCUUCUACAGCAUCACCAAUGCCAGCGUCCCCUUCGCCAUCAACAUGACCACGGGCAUCAUCACCGUCAGCGGCUGGCUGGACCGCGAGCAGCUGCCCAGCGAGGAGAUGCUGCUGGAGGUCCUGGCGCGGGAGAAGAACCUGGACAUCCACGGCUCAGUGGCCAAUGCCACCACGAUGGUGACAAUCUUGGUGGUCGAUGUCAAUGACAACAAGCCCGAGUUCUACCAGUGCUCCCUCCCCAGCUGCAACUUCACCAAGAGCCAGAACAACUUCACGGGCAGCAUCAUCGAGCACUCCUCCUCCAAAGUGCCCGUGUCCAACCUCAGCAUCGUGGCCCGCGACCCCGACAAGGGCAUCAACAGCACUUUCGAGCUGUACCUGCAGGGUGGCAGCGCCAGCGCCUUCAGCGUGUCCCCCACGACGAUCGUGGGCACGGGGGAGGUCCAGAUCCUGGUGCAGAACCCGUCUGAGGUGGACUACGAGAUCAGCCAUGUCAUGGUGGUGCAGCUCAUCGCCAACGACACGGGGAACCCCGCAAACUGCUGCUCGGUGGCCACCGUGACCGUCAACCUCAUCGACACCAACGACCACUUCCCUGAGUUCCCGCAGAGCGUAUACGUGCUGAGCGUGAUGGAGAACAGCCCCGCGGGCACCAUCAUCGCCCCAAACAUCACGGCUUAUGAUCCAGACAGCGGUGCCUACGGCCAGAUCACCUACCAGCUGCUCCCGGAUACCAUCCUCGCAACCUUCACGGUGAACGCCACGAGCGGGGCGGUGCUGGUGUCGCCGGGAGCCUCGCUGGACCGGGAGACUCGCUCCAUCUACUACGCCAACAUCCAGGCCAAGGACGGGGGCGACAUGAUGAACACGGCGCUGCUGGAGAUCUACGUGCUGGACGAGAACGACAACGCGCCCAUCGUCACCGGCUCCUACUUCAUCUCUGUGGAAGAAGGGCAGAACGUCAGCAUGGAGGUCAAGGCCAUCGACAACGACGAACCCAACACCCCCAACAGUGAGCUGGGCUUCAGGAUCCUGCCGGGGCUGUUCAGCGACAACUUCACCAUCAACGAGACCACGGGGCAGAUGCACAGCAAGGGGCCACUGGACCGCGAGGCGCUGGAUGACAAGGACGGGCAGCUGGUGGUGACGGUGGAGGUGUACGACCACGGGGUGCCACCGCUCAGCACCCAGGUCAACGUCACCAUCACCGUGGCGGACAUCAACGACAACACGCCCGUGUUCCUCGAGCAGUCCUACGAGUUCUCCAUCUUCGAAAGCUCCUCAGAUUCCUUCGUGGGUACCGUGGUGGCCACAGACGCCGACAAGACGGAGAUCAAUUUCCGCAUCUCCUUCCGGCUGCAGAGCGGCAGCGGCUCCAGCAACUUCUUGAUCCGCUCCCACCAGCUGGGGACGGGCAACUACAGCGGGCAGCUGUCCGUGGACCCCGACACGACCAUGGACUACGACACCCUGCAGCAGAAGAGCUUCUACCUGACGGUGGUGGCGGAGAACACGGCCACCGACAUCGCCAGGAAUGCCAGCGUCCCGGUGGUGGUCCACGUCCUGGACGUCAACGACGAGCCCCCCUCCAUCGUGCCGACCUCGCAGACCGUGACCGUGAGGGAGAACGGCACGCAGCAGGGGCUGGUCUACACCGUGAGCGCCUCCGACCCCGACACCAACCACUCGCUGGUCAUCGAGGAGCUGCAGGUCACCUGCCUUAACGGUUCCCAAAGCGCCGGGAACGUGUGUUGGGACUGGUUUGUGCUGCUGCCCAACGGCUCGCUGCUGGUCAACAGCUCGGAGAUCGACUUCGAGCAGUGUGACACGGUGAAGCUGACGCUGCGGGCUGAAGACCUCUACACUGAGAAGGGCGACCGCUACAGCAAGAACGGAACCCUGACCAUCAACAUCGAGGACAUAAACGACAACGCGCCGGUCUUCCUGCCCAUCUCUGAGACCUUUGUGGUUGUCCCUGACGUCUCUACUGUGGGCCUGCAAGUGGCUACCGUGAGGGCCACGGAUGAAGACUCGGGGAGUGGAGGAGAAAUCGCUUUCUCCAUCUUCAAAGUGGUGUUCAUGGAGGAGAAUGGGAACAACCGGACCUUGGAGAACCUCUUCAAGGUGGUGACCACGGUCGAGCAGAAAAUCUACGUGGGGAGCAUCCAGGUGGCCAGCAACCUCGACAGCUCGCUGAAGGGGAAGUACGAGGUGACGGUGAACGCUCAGGACCGCACAGCCCCGCAGAACACGGCACAGACCGUGCUGACUAUCUUCACCGUGGACCAGAGCUACCGCAUUCGCCUCCAGUUUUCCGUACCGGUGGAGGAAGUGCAGAGAAAUUUGGAAGACAUCAAAGCGACCCUGACCAUCGCCACCAAGGCCACGGUCUACGUGGUGGCCAUCAGCAACCCCGACAACAGCCGUGCCGCCCGGGCGCAGGUCAAGUCGGUGAUGGAUGCGUACUUCGUCUACAGCAACGGCACCGCCCUGGACAUCAACCAGCUGAGUCAGCUGAUCCAGAGCGACUCGCAGGUCCUGCUCAAACUGGUGGAUAUGGGGCUAGCCAUCAUCGGCUCCGGGGAGGUGACGGAGACCAACAAGGAGACGCAGUUGAUCGGCAUCAUCGCGGGGCUGGCGGCGUUCCUGGUCCUCUUCAUCCUCAUCAUGACCCUGGUCUUGGUUCUCACCACCAGGAGCUACAAGAGGAAGCUGAAUGCCAUGAAGGCGCUGAAGGCGGCCACGACGCUCAGCCCCACCGUGGCCCAGCAGGGAGCUGGCAUCCCCGGGACCAACCAGUACAACGCUGAGGGGGCCAACCCCAUGCUGAACCUGCCCAUGGACCUGUCCCACGACCUGGGCUUCCACGAGGACACCAGCUCCCUGGCCAGCAUCAAUUCCCUGGAUGAGAACAAAGUGGAUUCGCCCAAGGACAACAACCCCAAGGCCAAGCCGCAUAAAUCACACCCCAUGGACCCCACCGAGGACAAGGUGCUGGUGGCCGCCCUGGACGCAAAGGAGCCCACCAAAAUGGCAUACAUCAACAACACCUUCAGCACCACAGACUUGUGAGCGGGCACCUGGGGGACAGAGGGGCCAGAGCAGGACUCUGGCAGCUGCUCCAGCGCCAUCCUGCCCAGAUGCCAGCAAUAAACCUGCCACCUGUGGCUGACAGCG